CGGGGGGAGGGGCCGACGUGGCAGCCGGUCGCCCAGUUUAGCUCAGUGAAACAUGAUCCGCGGUGACCGCGGGGAGGAAGGACUCUGCGGCCCCCGCAUCCUGCUGAGCGGAGGAGAGACGCUGUCCGCGCGCAGCAGCCGCGCCUGAGGCGGACGGAGGUGACGCGGUGCGCCAGACGGCCGGCCUCUGCUGGAGCUGAGUGAGCGCUGAGGGAUGCUCCUCUCGCUGAAGCUCUGGCAGCCACCACGCGGAGCUGAGAACAAGCCCAGGGUUUUUGCUGUUUCACCGCCGGUUCCGAUCGAUCGCCGCCAUGAACUCUGUGUUUUUCACCGACCCCCCGGCGGGCCCGGUGUGCACCGUCCCCACCGGGACCAGCGCCCUGCGCAACGACCUGGGCUCCAACAUCCACGUCCUGAAGACGCUCAACCUGCGCUUCCGCUGCUUCCUCGCCAAAGUCCACGAACUGGAGCGUCGGAACCAAGUGCUGGAGAGUCAGCUGCAGCAGGCCCAGCAGAGAGCGCCGCACCGGGGACUCUUCUCCCGCGAGGCGGCCGUGCAGACGGACGGCCCGGAGUCCAGGAUGCCGGGGACCAUCUGGAGCUUCACCCAUGUGCGCAGGCAAGGGCUGCGGCUGGAGACCCUCCAGGGCCCGGGAGUCAGCUGGACUCACCCUGACGGGGUCGGGGUCCAGAUCGACACCAUCACACCGGAGCUGAGGGCUCUGUACAACGUGCUGGCCAAAGUCAAGCGAGAGCGGGACCAGUACAGGACCAGGUGGGAGGAGGAGCGCUCCACGCGAGAGCAGCUGGAGUCCAGCGUGGAGUCACUGCAGCAGAGAGUCCAGGAGUCGUCCGAGAUCCAGGAGGAUCUGAGCGAGACGGUGGAGAGGCUGAAGGCUGAGCUGGUGGUCUUCAAGAGCCUCAUGAGUGACCAAAUGUCCGACUUGGAGACCAAGAUCCAGGAGAAGGCCCGGCGGGUGGACAUGGACAUCUGCAGGCGCAUCGACAUCACGGCCAAACUGUGCGACGUGGCUCAGCAGCGCCACUCGGAGGACACGUCCAGGAUGUUCCACGCCAGUCCGGGACGCUCGCUGCCAGAGCGGCUCAGCGCCUCCGUCUCUCUGCCGACCGCCGCGACCUGCUGCCGGAGGAAGGAGCGGAAAGCUGCGUCAGAUGACGACAGCUUGGAGAUGCAGGAGGAGGAGGCUCCUGCCGCGGUCAACAUCACCGACGAGAUGAAGCGGAUGCUCAGCCAGCUACAUUGCUCAGAUCACUCCUCUGUUGCCAGGAGGGAGGCCUUCGACCUGGACGACGACGACGACGACGACUGUGACAGUCUGACGUGGGAGGAGAACGAGGAGACGCUGCUGCUGUGGGAGGACUUCGCCAACUACAACGUGGCGCCCUGCGCCGCGGAGCCCGACUCUCAGGACGGAAGCCUGGGCAGCCUCAUCCACCAGACCGAGUCUCUGUUCAGGAGCCGGGAGCAGGAGUACCAGGAGACCAUCGGCCAGAUCGAGAUGGAGCUGGCCAGCGCCAAGAGCGACAUGAACCGCCACCUGCACGAGUACAUGGAGAUGUGCAGCAUGAAGAGAGGCCUGGACGUGCAGAUGGAGACGUGCCGGCGCAUGAUCAAGGGCGGGCGCGACUCUCCCUCCGUCAGCUCGGUGGCCAGCAGCGACUCAGGGAACACGGAGGAGAUCCAGGACGAGGCGGAGGCCAGUUGACGCCCCGCCGGCAGCGCCGCCCUCCUCCUCCUCCCCAUCCUCCAGUGAAGCUCAGCCCAGGGUUGAAUCUGUUUCUAUGCAACUGAGCUGGACCCGUCUCUUCUUCCCACCAUUAGCCUUCCAAAGCCGAGCAGGUGUUUCCCACCGUGUCUUCAGGUGAAACCCCGAGCGACUUUGCCUUGUGACGUUCUUCCCUCGCCUCCACCGGAGCUGCGAGGUUUGGGACUCCUGCACUGUUCCAGCAGGCGUGAAGCUGGUCAGACGGUCCAGCUGUGUCGCCUCAGGCCAGUCUUCUCACCCGCACACCACCAGGCUCCCGCCGCCGCCGCCGCUGCCAGACUGGAGGCCUUCUGUGCUAACGUUGUGCUAACGUGACGACUGCUGCCAGACAGAAUGUAGAGACGCCCCCAGCAUCUUCGUAUCAGAGGAGGCAGGUGCGGGCCGAGCGCGCUGUUCUCAUGUCCGCCGUGCGUUUGGCCCCGCCUCCCUGCUGAUGUGAAACCAGCCGCAGCAGCGCCACCUGCUGCUGUGAUUCCAGCGGCGCAGGUGAAGCGGGCUGCUGCUCCCCGGAGGGCCGCUCCGGGUGCAAUGUUUCCUACCAAACAGGCUUUUAUACCGUUUUUCUACCGCAGUUUCGCUCCGAAUGUACACGCGCUCACGCCUCCGUCAGCGUGAGGGGCGCGCGACGGAGCUGCUUUGGUUUUAGCCCACGCUUGAAAGCUUGAAAGUCGCGACUUGUAUUUUUGGAUGAUUAUUUUUCUAACCAUGUGAGGAUGCCGGGGACGAUAUCGGGGGCUGGGCAGAAAUAAAACGCUGGCUUCUCUGUGUGCUGCUGCUCAUUCGUGGUGGAAGAAGAAACCCCGGGAUCCCAGCUGCUGGCUAGAAACGUCUAGACGCAGGUCGUAAUGGAACUGGGUUUGACCUCGAGGGUCACGUGUCCAGUUUCAGCACGGGCCCAAGUCGUUCUCCAGCACUGACGAAGACACACGGAAGCGAAGAAACCUUCUCCUGACAUGCAGGCAACAUCCGCCGAGAGAAACCAAACACUCAGCAGGGUCCAGUCUGUCUGCCGUCUGUCAGCCACACGGGUCCUGCUCCUCGUGUUUCGCUGACUCUGACUGACGGUGUUCACUUCCUCUCAGUCCCACCGCAACACGGCCAGGUGGAACCAACGAUGUUUUCCCAUCCGCACAGCUCAAACAAUAACCAUAAAACAUGCUUAGCUAACAAAGAAAAACAUUGUUGAAUUAUUAUAAUUUCUAUUAAAUACAAACUAUUUUAGGCAUCUCGAGACUUCCUGCUGUUCUGAUCGCAGUUUCAACACGUCCUGCUUGGAGGUUCAUCAAAUAUCUCAAGCUCCUGGUCACAAGUGAGGGAGGGAAGAAAGAGCUGAGCCAAAAGACAAACUGGCGGCUCCGCUCAUUCAGUGAGCAGAGACUCUGGGCAGAGCCUCUGCUCUGAAAUGACAGGACGGUGUUAUGAGUCAGCCACACUGGGGUCAGUAAAAGGUCAGUAAAGGAUGUCCACAUCAAGAGGACGCCAUA